CCUGACACGCAUUUUGCGGCGUACAGGUAGCCUGCACCAUGGCCCGACCCAAGGUGUGGUCGCUUUGACAUUGCUUCCAUCCUCUUUCUUCCUUUCUUCUUUGCCCUCUCAGGUUUGAACAUGGACAUCGGUCUUCUCGAUGACGUCGUGGCUUGGGGGUACGUGGUUGGUGUUAUCGCCGUUGCUUUUGCCGGCAAGAUCAUCGGCGGAGCCGUAGCAGCGCGCCUCUGUAAAUUUGUGUGGAGGGAAGGCUUCACCAUUGGAGUUCUUAUGAGCUGCAAAGGUCUUAUUGAGCUAAUUGUACUCAAUAAUGCAUAUUGGUUUGGAAGCUGGCAUUUUAUCCCGGCAAACCUUCACCAUCUCGUCAUUAUGGCUGUGGUCACCACGGUUGCGACGACCCCACUGACGCACCUCCUAUACCCUCCUUGGUACCAGCAGAAGUUGGGAAAAUGGAAGAGGGGCGAGAUCGACUGGAACGGCGACCCGAAGCCUGGUUCCGGUAUAUCUGUUCUUCUAGAGAAUAUUUCCAACUUCGAGAUGAAGUCACUAUUGGUACAGAUCCGACUCGACUCGUUGCCCGCCAUAUUCACUCUCGUCACGCUUCUGGGGAAAAGCGCAAAGGCCGGGGAUUCCACAAAUGGGCACGAAAACAGAUCUUACGAGGUGGUGAGUCACAGCGCGGGCCAAGAGCUGGUCAGAUACACCGAGCUGCUCAAGGCUCACGGCCUCCGCAUGCUGGAGCUUACCCAGCGCGAGUCCUCUGUCAUGCGAGUUGCCGAGCAGGAACAUGUACAGAGGGACCCGAUCAUCGGUGCCUUCACCACUUUUACGCAGCUGCAGUCGCUCACCGUUUCCGCGAGUCUUGCCGUGGUUCCCACUUCGUUGUACGCCGAAACGGUCAUCUCCCACGCCCGAAACGUUUUAUCUGAUGUAGCCAUCAUCCCCUGGGGUGAAUACGGCAACGUCUCGCCGGUCACCAGUCCAACAGAGCCCCUGAUAUUCCCAGGACUAUCGGCAAUACGUUCAUCCACAGUCAUGGGGCUUUUCAGCCGGCGGCGGACAAGAUGCACCGCGUAUUUCUCCCGUUCUUUGGCGGGGUCGACGACCGGGGCGGCGCUCGGGUUAACUUUACAGCUGGCCCGUAAUCCGGACGUGAGGGUCACCAUCGCUCAUUGUGCCGUUAAAGAUGUCGCAGCGAGCGAAGGCAAGGCCGAUGAGGGCAACGCGAAUGUUGGGCUUGAAGACGCCGAGUUGCUAGCCGCGUUGCAAGUGUCCCUUGCGGUCGCCACAAAGAACCGUGUCUCCUUCACGAACGCGGCGGUAAGCAGAGCCGAGGCCUUGGAAAAGGCGAGAGUUCACGCCAGAAUCUGUUUAUGCAAACAUUCCAGAGAAACAAACAGCCUUGUCAUCAUCGGUCGCCGACAUCCACUGUUCGAUGCCGUCGAGUCUGUCUCGGUCCAGGUGGACCUGAAGUUGGCCGUUGGUGCCGUAGCCGAACAUGUGGUCAAGAGUGAUCUUCAGUUCAAAGCCAGUGCGCUUAUUGUUCAGCCCGCAGCGCAGACCUCGGACCCCAGGGAUAAUCAGCUUAGGGGAUCUAGGGAGAGAGAAGAAAAAAAGGUGUGCGGGUGUGGUACUAGUACUGUUGAUUCAAUUGGGCACGGCCAGCAUUUCUGUCUUGUGGGAUAACGACUUUGGCGUAUAAAGGGCGGGGAUUAUCAAUCCUUUCCAAUAGACCAGACACUGAACAAACUGUACAGGCCUCUGGAUUCGCUUUAGGCUCCCACGAGAAAUGCUCA